AAAAAAUGGAUCAAGAGAUUCGUCAGGCAGCUGAAAACUUAAUACAGUCACAAAGCCACAAUAUUCAGUCACCAACACUGGAAGUCUCGCACUCACAUAGUAUUAACACCAUACCAUCCCUGCAUCCCGAUUAUAUAAUCUCGGAAGAUUUGUUAGCUGGUCAACGUGCCAAUGGCAGGAUGUCUACAGUCAGAAGAUUCUUCUGUAUGUUUGUUACUUUUGAUUUAUUAUUUACUGGACUUAUGUGGCUCAUUUGUGUGAUGUUAAAAGGUGAAAACAUCAUGAAAGCUUUAAAUGAACAAAUUUAUCACUACAAUAUACACACAUCGUUAUUUGAUGUCGUUUUAACCGCGCUGUGUCGAUUUGUAGUGCUGUUACUCUUCUAUGGGUUGAUUUACAUGAAUCACUGGUUCAUAGUUUCCAUAUCAACAACACUAACGUGCGCCUUUCUCAUUUCUAAAGUGUUUGUGUAUGAUUGGCCCCAUUCUGCGCAGCCCGUUUUCGAAGUACUUCUAGUAUUAACGUCCUUUGUUUUGGCGUGGGGAGAAGCGUGGUUUCUUGAUUUUCGAGUGCUGCCUCAAGAAUCACAUGCUCGAAGAUACCUUAUUACUAAUCCGGAUUCAGAAAGGGCCCCAUUAAUUCGUAGUUACGUACAUGGCUUGCCUUCUUUAUACACUGAGAGUGUUGGUAAUUUUUACUCUCCUCUUGGUUCACCUGAAGGUUCGAUGUAUCGAUUUGACUCAGGCCCAGUUCUGGGUAGAUAUCCGCCAGUGCAACUUACAAGGGAACAAGAAGAAAAUUACAAAGUUUUAGCUGCUAAGACAAUGCAAGAGGCGUGGGACUUACUGCUCAAAAAAGACUGGAAAUUAGAGAAAGCAAGUGGAAGCGAUUCAGUUUACACCAUGACAGUGCCUAAAGUAGGAAAAAUUUUUAAACUUACUGCGUUUUUGGAUGUUACUCCAAAGUUUUUGCUUGAUGAGUUAUUUUAUAGAGUAGAAACUUUGCCGCAGUGGAACCCUACUUUGUUAGAAUCUCAUAAGGUGCAAGUGAUUGAUGAACAUACUGAUAUUAGCUAUCAGAUUGGUGCUGAUGGGGCUGCUGGUGUUGUAACCAGCAGAGAUUUUGUUAAUUUGAGACAUUGGGCUUAUAUUGAGGGACGUUACAUUAUCGCUUGUGUAGGGACUGAACAUCCAUCUUUGCCAAAAAAUGAGAAAUAUAUUAGGGGUGAAAAUCGUGCCGGUUGUUGGGCAAUGCAAGAAGAUCCCAAUAAUCCCAACAAAUGUAUCUUCCAGUGGGUGUUGAACACCAAUUUAAACGGUUGGAUACCACAAUACAUCCGAGACACGGCAUUCGUAGGCAUGAUGUUCGACUACGUGAAGCAUUUAAAACAGCACAUAAAUCGACAACGUGAAAAUGGAAGACUUUAAUUAAUUUGUUUAACUCGAAAACGUGUAAAUAUAGUUGUAAGUCAAAAAUCAAAACCUAGUUGUAACGUAUGUAUCACAUUUGCUUCCUUAUACAUAAUUAUAUCGUCACUAACGACUACAAUAAGAGUGAAAAUAAAUAAAUAAAAAACAAAAAUAAACAUAAUGUACACCACGUUAAUUUAUUUUGGGAGGUUUUAUUUAUUUAUUUGUUGAACUUGUGAUUAUUAUUACAAUGCAUUUAAUCUUAAGGAGAUGUAAAAUGACUGUGAUCAUCGUAGACGUACCAGAAUUAUGUAGGAAGCCACGAUUGUUGUUGGAGCAGGACGAUGAAGUGCUUUAUAUAGAAGCAAUUUUGUGGAUAUUUUUUUAAACUUUGAUUCAACGCUUGAAGUUUCAUUGUAUAUUUGUAAGUAACUAAAACUGACAAAUAAAACUUUUUUAUCAAA